AUGGGCAAAGGUCCCCACUCGCUCGCCGUCGCGCUUGCGAUCCUGCGCGCCGCCUUCGAGGCCAUCCCAGGCGGCGGCGACGCCGGCCUCGCGAAUGGCGAGAUGGUGUUUGAGCGCAUCAACUUUGACGGGCUCGACAAGAAGGCGCAGGAGGCGCUCCUCGACUGGCUCCAAGCGCUCAAGGCGUUUGCGACGGGCCAGGCGAGGGCUGUGCUGCCGCCUCUGCCGGCGGCCUUUCUCAACAAGCACGGAGAAUGGCGCUCGGCGCUGCAGGGCAUCUCGAAAGACGUCGACCAGCUCCGCGCCACGCAAGAGCGCUCGCUCUCCAAGGAGGCGCCGCGACCCGGGCUCGGGCUGCGGCAGGCGUGGAUCUACGGGACGACGCCGGAGCGGUGCGCGAGGGAGCGGGCGUGGCAGUAA